AUGGUAGCGCAGAUACCGCUGGAGCCACAGCAGAAGUCGGUCGUGCUACCUACUGCUGUGAUCCGUGUACAGGGAUUCGACGGCGGUCUUCUGCAAGUGCGUGCUCUGAUCGACUCGGGCUCUGAAGCAUCAUUGAUCUCGGAAGUAUGCGUCAAGAAGCUCGGUCUGUCUCGCUCCAACAGAAAGGUAACGGUUUCCGGCCUGGGACAACAGGCAGCCGGAACAACGCGUGGCCUUCCAGGGCAAGUCAAAGACAACGGUGGUGUUCCUGUGGCACAGAACACGAUCUUCGGGUGGAUUGUGUCCGGGAAUCAAGCCAUCUACUCAUCGAGUCUUCGAAGCAACGUCUCGAUCGUCAAUCUUCACACAGAGCUGGACCUCAACCGCACCUUGCGGAUGUUUUGGGAGCAGGAGGAGGUUCCGAAGCCACAGCAGCUUAAUCCUUCUGAACAAGCAGCCACCGAGCUCUUUAGGUCUACUCUUACACGGGAUGAAAAUGGGCGCUUCAUCGUGCGACUGCUGUUCGAUGAUUCGAAGCCAGCGCUGGGUGAGUCCCUCACUUCGGCCAUUAAGCGAUUGCGAUCGAUGGAAAGACGUUUCCGACAGGAUGAGGAAUUCUAUACGCUGUACUCGGAGUUCCUCAGCGAAUACCUGGCGCUGGGGCACAUGGAAGAGGUGCCACCAGACGAACUGGAAGUAGAGACUAGCAAGUGUUUCUACCUUCCCCACCAUGCCGUCGUCAAGGCCGAAAGCACGACGACUAAGUUGCGGGUGGUCUUCGACGCCUCGUGCGCUUCGUCGACUGGCGUUUCGCUCAACGACAGACUCCUGGCGGGACCGAGGGGCACGCAAUAA